AUGCCAGAGAACACAAGUAGACACCACGGUCCGGUGCAGACCAGCGCUGUGUACCUGGUUGGCCAGCCGGCACAGCUCAUAGAGCGACCGCCUUCCCCACCAUCACCGCCGUCUCCGGGCCCCGCGCUAUGUCGUGGCGUCAAUUCGCUCAUCGAUGAGCUGCCCAGCAUGUCAUUGGAUGACCCCCGCGUAGGGCUACAUCCCAUAUCUUCCCAGACUACCGCCUCCACAACACACUUGCCAUCUCCAGUACCGUCACCCCCAAUCGACCUCGACAAGCUGAGGCCAGAAGGCCACACAGUCACGGCUCCACCCUCCCCUUCAUCACGACCCGCUGAUGACGACCACGAAGGAUGGAGUUCCCCAACGGCCGAUUCCGCGUUUGACCUGAUGGCUUCGGACCGUCUCGCCGGUGCUGUACAUGUCCUGAACGCUGAAGCGACCGCCUUGACAUCCCUGGCAACCAUGUAUAGCACCUCAGCGUCUGCCCGGAUGGCGUUUGAUAGCGCAGUGUCGGUCAUUGCCCGUAAUCAGGCAAGGUCGCCCACCGCUGACGGAGGCGGGACGUUGGUCAUGGUCGGUGUAGGCAAGUCCGGUCACAUCGCGCGCAAGUUGGCAGCCACGUUCAGCUCGCUGUCACUGCGUUCUUCAUUUAUGCACCCCACCGAGGCGCUGCACGGGGACUUAGGCCUAUUGCAUCCGGUUCGAGAUGCCGUUGUCUUGGUUAGCUUUAGCGGCAGGACGCCCGAGCUGCUAGGCCUGGUGCCGCACCUGCACCCGGGGCUCCCGGUUGUGGUAAUCACUGCGGCAUCGGAUGCGACUUGCGAGAUUGCAAGGGCAAUCCGGGCUAUGAGAGAGAAGCCCAUUAGCGAGGGCCAAUGGCUUUCAUCCCUGGAGGCUAGGCCGUCUCGCAUUGGAGAGGUUGUAGUGCUGCCAGCACCCAUACCGAUCUCUGAGGUUGCGACUCUUGGCAUCGCCGCCCCUACUGCCAGCACAACUGUCGCUUUAGCGCUCGGCGAUGCUCUUGCCGUGGUUGCGGCAAAGGAAAUCCAUGGCGGUACGGCGAAUACGGCUGCCAUGUUUUUGAGGAACCAUCCCGGCGGCGCCAUCGGCUCAUCUUUUGCCUCGGGGGUGUCCCGAUGA